AUGGCAGUAGACUCGCCCGCUCUUGCAGAUGCGUUGAUUUCUUGGUCAUCAGGGCAUCUGGCCGCGACCAAUGCAUCAUACCGAGUGACAGCCCUGGAAGCGCGGUCUACUGCGCUGCACGCAUUGACGGAGACGAUUUCGUCUGCGCCCGAUGAUUUGACCUGCUGCGAAACGAAUGUAGCAACAUGUUUGGUCCUUUUAACGUCGGAGGUCUGCCUUGGCGAUCAUACUGGAUGGUACUACCAUUUGAAAGGCGUCAAAAAUAUAAUUCUGUCUGCUCAGUCGUCGGGAAGUCAAGGCACACACUUUCGAGGGACGGAUGCCUUGAGACAAAGCUCGGAAGGUCAAUGGAUUUUACGAAACUUUGCUUACCAUGACGUCUUGGGCAGUGUCACGUUAGGGGCCAAACCACUGAUCAGAGCACAGUAUCUUGAAGGAAUCACUGGUCUCGUGGACACCUACCUUGGGGUGGCUUCCGAAAUCUUGAUGCUCAUCUCGGAAAUCAGUUGCCUCGAGCCGAUGGAGUCGGUUUAUGAGUACGUCGACGAGUCAGACGACAGCCCUUCUGUCUUCUUGGGUGGCCGUUAUGCAUCGCUCGAACGCAGAAUUAAAGGCUGGAAAUGCGAGCUUGACACGGCGCCUCCCCUUGAGGCGGUCGCAUACGCAUAUCGGAGUGCCGCUCUUUUAUACCUAUAUCGACGAAUACUGCGUGCCCUUGACGACCGCACGCAUCGUCGCGAAGAACUGUCGUCGAUGAUCAACUCGAGAACUCAGAUUGAGGUCGCGAGGGUUUUGAAACAUGUGUGCGACGUUCCCCUUAGCGACAAACCAGAGACUGCCCUGUUGUUUCCCGUCUUUAUGGCAGGGGCUGAGGCGACCGAAGGAAACCACAUUGAAAUCGUUCGCAUGCGGCUAGUUAUCAUGCAGGGAAAGCGACCAUUUCACAAUAUCUCCCGGGCGCUGCAAGUUCUGGAAGGGCUGUGGACACGGCGUCGAAGUCACAGUGACGUGGAUUGGAGGGACAUCGUAGAGCAGCAACCUGUAGGACUCCUUCUGACCUGA